CCCCGCCCCGCCCGCAGUCCCGCGGCUGCCUCUCGGGCGCGCGGCGGGGUGCGGCCCCGGGACUGGCCCCGCGGGGGUGUCCUCGCACCUCAGCCCCGGCCGCAGCGCAGGGAUUUCUAGGUGAGGCGGCCGGGCCCCUCGCCCCCAGCCUCGGGUGCUUAGCGCAGCGGCUGCCCCCGGGUAUAAAGUAGCCGCAUGCGGAAGGUUAAGUCUAAGCACCAUGGAUGUGCAGACCAGAAAAAUGGCACAGUUACUGGAUAAUGAUCUGUUCUUGGAAAAAGUCGGGGUAAGCGGGGGCUCUGAUGGACCAUCAGAAAGAGGUCUUCCAUCCCGGCGAAAUGUUACAAUAACAGAUUUGGAGCUUGACAAUGGAUUGUUGGUUACACAUGUCAACCAAACACAAGACCUGCUGAAAGUGCAAAAAAAUAAAGUUCACUCUAGCGAGAUGCAAACCACAGAAGAAUGGCUAAGGAUUCAUGGCUUAGAAUCUAUGCAAUUAACAUUAGAAGAUCUCAUAAAGAAGGGCACUUUUGUCUUGAAUGCUGAAAAUGCCACUGAACAGAUAGAGUUUACAGCAGAGACUGUUGUGAAUUUUGAAUCCAAACUGUCUGAAGUAAUGCAGCUUUAUCACCAGCGAAUUCAGUGGCUUUUGGAGGAUAGCAGACGGGUGUUUGGCCUUAUAAAAGGAACCAGAGUUGGACUCCUUGUUGACGUAUCUGAUAUAAGUUGUGGACCCAGAUUACUUGAUUUCCAGAAAAACCUUUUGUGCUUAAUAGACGAGCAACUGUGUUAUAAGAAGCAAUUAUAUUUCCUUUCAUUUGGGACUGAGAUUUCAUUUCCAUGGGAGAAUCCAACAAAUGUCAAUGUACAUGUCCUACACAAAGCAAGGCAGUGGGUACAGGAGCUGAAGCCCAGUGGAGGCUGCAAUUUGCUGAAGGGUCUAAAGAAGGUCCUUACAAAGACAGAUCUGAAUUCUUUGGUUCUUGUUGUAGGAUGCUGCCCUGAUCAGUCUUCAGAAAUAUUGUCAGACUACAUUCAGCAGUGUACACUGGGAAGAAAGCUGCUUGUUCAUGCAGUUACGUACGAGUGUAGCAAUCAUGUUCCUCCAGCUAUUUUAAAGAACCUGACAGCAGUAGUGGGAGGCCGUUAUCACUGCUACUCGUCUAAGGGUGAGAAUUAUGAUAGUAGUGAUAUCCAUCUAUUGCUACUUGAGUCCCAAAAAGCUAAGGCCCUGCUGAACAGGAUCAAACAGAUUUUUCCGGGAAGGACUCAUGACUUGCUUGUUACUAGAAUGCAGGAAAUUUCUACAGAUUUUGCAAAGGUUAUGCCGGCUAACUUCCUUCCAAAGCAUGAAAGUCCCCUUGUUAUACAAAUGCCCACCUUCCUGGCUAAAACCUCAGCUAGCUGGUUGAAGACAAAUGGACUGAAAGCCAAGAAGUUGAGCCUUUAUCAAGUUUUGGCUCCAAAUGCAUUCUCACCAGUGGAAGAAUUUGUGCCUAUUCUUCAGAAAACAGUGUCAUCAACACUGCAUGAGAGAGCAAUGAUGCAGUUUGAAUGGCAUGAUGGAACUGUGAAAAAUGUUCACGUGGACCCACCGAUAUUAUACCACUAUCAGAAACAGCUUGCUAGAAUGGUGAGAAUAUAUGAGAAACGAAUUGACUGGCUUUCAGUUGGCAGCAGAAGAAUAUGGGGAACUAUUUGUGAAAGGAGGGUUGUUAUACUAGUCGAUAUGUCAGUAAUAAAUUCCUUGUAUAUCAUCUACAUCCAACAUUCCUUGCGACUUUUGCUUGAGGAACAAAUGUCAAACAAGGACUGCUUCAAUAUUAUUGCCUUCGGAAGUGAUAUUACGGCUUGGAAACCAGAAAUGGUUCCUUCAGUUCCAGAUAACUUGCAAAGUGCCUGGAGAUGGAUAUUGAGCCUACAAUGCAAAGGCAGUAGGAAUUUUAUGAGUGCUCUCAGAAGAGCAACAGAAGUAGACUUCAAAGAUAAAGAUGAACAUGGAUCUCAAGGCAUUUAUGUGCUUACCACCGGAGUUCCUGACCAGGAGAUGCACGCUGUGAGUGCUUAUGUGGCUGAGGUCUGUGGUGGUUGUGAUCUGCAGCUUCAUGUCUGUCUAUUCAAUAUAACAGGGGACUUGGACAACAGCAGCAUUAUUCCGGCCCGCUAUGCAAGUCCAAACGAAACUGCUAGCAUUUUUAAAGAAAUAGUACGUGCUGCUAAUGGAAGGUUUCAUUGGUUUGGAGAAACAGGCAUUUAUGAAAGUGAUGAUAUCAGCAUUAUUAUGUCUGAAAUGGAAAAAGCAGUCAACUACUCCCAAAAGUGUGCCUUAUUGGUGGAAUCCUUAAAGCAGUGUUCAGGAAGUAAGUUUCCUAAUCAGUUUAUCCCAGAAGAAGACUUAAAGAUGCUCUUGAAAAAGGAGAAAAGCAGACCCCAGAAACUACCGUCUCCUAAAGCCACAGCUGUCACACUGGCUAGAAUGAAUACUAGAGACAACUGUGAUGGAGAGAAAAAUGCUGCCAUAAGAGCUCUGACAUGGCGUCCAACGAGUGCAAAGGCAGAAAUUCCACCAUCUCAGCCAUUAAAAGAAUGGUCUCAAGCUGGUCAAAAGAAAAAGCAUAAAUCAAGGAAACAGCCAGAGAUCUCUAUCUCAGUAUUUUAUCUUGACAAAGGAAAAAAUGUGGGUGCAGUUUACAGAAAGUAUCCCAAGACAAAGGCUGUGAGGAGAUCUGUUCCUUUUGCUGCUUUGCCAAAGGAAGAGGAAAUGUGUUCAAGCAAAGAGUGGUUGAGCAAGCAUGGUCUGAAAAAGCUAAAGCUGGAGUUGCCCAGAAUUAUGUUUGGUCCUGAGUGUUUACACCAGAAGAAAAUGGUGGAAUCUUUACACAAGAAAGUAUCAGCAAGAUACUGUACCAUCUUCCCUAGUGUAGAAAUCAAGGGUACUGUGAGACACCUACAGCUUCAACCUAAGGAACUGGAAGAGUAUGUUGAACAACUGGAGAGGGUGCUACAGCGCUAUGUACAAAGAAUACAGUGGCUUCUUUCAGGAAGCCGGAGAUUAUUUGGCACCAUUUUGGAGACAAAAGUCUGCAUUUUGAUUGAUACGUCUGGUUCCACGGAUCCUUAUUUACAACAAGUUACUCAAGAGCUUACCUCUCUCAUCUGGGAACAGCUAAGAAAGAAUGAUGCCAGAUUUAACCUGCUGAGAUUUGCAGAAAAUACAGAGGCUUGGCAGGAGUGCCUUGUAGAGGCAACAGAUGAAACUUGUCAUGAUGCUGUCCAGUGGGUGUCCAAAUUUCAAGCUUAUGGUAAUACAUGUAUCCUUAAGGCCUUACAGAAAGCUUUCAGUUUUCAAGAUGUAGAAGCACUGUAUGUUCUGACUGAUGGCAAACCAGAUACCAGUUGCAGUCUCGUUCUAAAAGAGAUCGAAAAGCUUAGGAAGAAACAAACUAUCAAAAUCCACACAAUUUCUUUUAAUUGUGCAGACAGGGGAGCUAAUGAAUUUCUGAAGAAACUAGCCUCGCACACAGGCGGUCGCUACCAUCGUUGCAUUGGAGAUGUGGAUGGGCAGUUAGCAGCACACCGGAUGUUGACAGAAGGGUUUGAUGAUGAAGAUGAUCCAGUAUUUCCUUUCUUUGAAGGAGAUGAUUUAAAGAAACUUGCUCAAGAAGUAGCAAAAGCCAGAAGUUUUUUAAUACAGGCAAAAUCCUUUAGAUUGCUAUUAGAAAAAUGGAAAUUAGAUCAAAAGGAUAAGUCCCUUUAAGAAAAAGUACUGAGCCUUGUCUCCAGUGGAGAAGGAAGAAGAUGAUUCACCUGUUUCCGUGCCAGGUUUCAGGUGGCUCCUGACAUCCAACCCAAGCAGCCUCCUUACCUAGCCUUCCAGGGACAAGAAACAUCAACUGUCCUCAGCAUAACUGGCACAAAAUUCAGUCUUUGAGAUUCAAGUAGGCAUUUUUAAUAUUAAGUUCUGGGGCUGACCCAAGAGGAGAUCCAGAGGGGGUGCAGUGGUGUGACUGCAUCCACCUUUUGGAUUGGAUCACACCCUGAGAGGCGGAGAGUCAGACAGAGCCAUGGGCAGCGUGUCUGGGGGGCAUAGGACAAGGUUGGGAGGAGGGGCAGCUCCCUGAUGCUGCAAACACUCCCGGAGGAAGUAGGGGGGCAUGUGCCCUCCCCCAGAUUUGUGUGUGGGGCGAGGUCAAGCUGGCAGCCUAUUCCCAGCAGGGUGGCUGGGCCAGGGCUGCACUCGGGAUGGGUGGGGCAGGCUCAGCUGUGCAGGGCAGGGGGCAGUGGCAGCACUGGAACAGGUAGCUAUGGGGGGACUAGGAGGAAUUUUGGAGCGGCUGUAGUCCCCCAACCUCCCCUCCCCCCCCCAGUGCCGCUCAUGCUUGGGGCACUGCACUCUAUGGCAGCUGAGCCCGCCCCACCCCCACCCACCUUGAGCACAGCCCUGGCUCAGCCCCCCCUGCUGGGAAGAGGCUGGUGCAGCCCCUGGCCCCAAGCCUACAGCAGGCAGCCUGCCCCUGCCCUGUGCACAAAUCUGGGGGGGGCAAAUGCCCCCCAUGCCUCCCCCAGGGGUGUGCACAGUGGUGGGGAGCCAUCCCCCCCCCCCUUCCUCCUCACCUCCCUGCACCUCCUGGAUGAACCACCUGGGGCUCUGUCCCAUGCCCUGCCCUGGGGCCACAUUCACUGCCCUGGCUGGGCAGCACCUGCCCCUGCCCCACUCCCUCCCUCACCAUGGGGGCCUCAAUCUGCACCUCCAUGCCCCUUCUCUCCCCCAAAAGACUUACUGGCAGGAUGCUACUCUCUACGCUGCCUUGCUUCUUUCCUGUAAAUUGGCUAUUGGAUCGGUAUCAGCCAAUAUGGCUGGUUAAUAUUUGGCAAUUGGUAUCAGCCAAGAAAAUCUUUAUUGGUGCACCCUUAAUUCUUAGCUAGAAUAGUAAAAUAUUAAAGGGGUAAGUUUAUCAAAGAAAAGGAUUAAGAAGCCAGUAACUAGAUACUGCUCAGUUACAUCCAUGCAGUCCACCUGAAAACUUUACAGUUUAAUCCACUGUUUGCUGUUUGUUCCAGAGCAGUGCUACAUUUUGAAAUUAUCUUCCAGGCAUGAUUUUCUAGAAAUCAUAGAUCAAUUUGGGCUGGAGGGAUCGCACCUGCCUAAACUAUCUCAGACACGCCUUUGUCCAACCUGCACUUAAACUUUCAGUGGAGAUUCCACCCUCCUUUCUCUCAGUAAUCUGAUCUAGUGCUUCGUCAUCCUCUUAGUUAGAAAGUUAUUUAUAAUAUCUAGCCUAAACUUCCCUUGUAGCAAUUUUAAGAUCAUUACCUAUUUUCCUUUCCCCUGUGAAUGCAGAACAGUUGAUCAUCAUCCUCUUUAUCAGUGUGUUUGUGGUUAAAACAAAGGCCCAAUUAAGCAAGUCUGUACCAGAGGGAGUUAUGAUGUGUAAGUGUGCUUUGCCAAAUAAAAAUAAAACCCCUUUAGUGUUAGGAUAAUUAAUUCAGUUGCAUUAACUACAGUGCUAAUUGCAGCACAGAGGACUCAGACUUGCAAAACUUUACUGUGCAUUGAUUCAAUGACACUAGCUGCAGGAAUAAUUUUAUGCUUCACACGAGGCUUAUUCCAGGAUCACAUACUGUGUAGGUAACUAAUAAAUGACUGAUUUGCAUCUAUUUCUGUGUGCGCUGCUUAUGCUGCCAUGUUUAAAAAAAAAACCAAAAACAAAAGCUGCAUAGAUAUUUUAAGUAGCAAACUAUGAAGUUUCCUAUUGCUAACCUGUUUUUCCUCUGCCUCUACCAGAACAGUCAGGCAUAUUUCAUAAAUGAUGGUGAGAAUGAUGAUAGCCCCAUUCAUAUGUGCUCUACACUGUUUAGUGUAGAGCACACUGUGUGUGUAAUGUGGGUGUAUAACUGUUCUAGAAUGACUCAAGUGGGAGAAGUCAACACGGGGGAAUUAUAAAGGAACAGUUCCAGCUCAGUGUUAAAAAUUUAAUUAAAGUACACUUUAAAUCUGAAGCAGAAACCACAAUUUUAAAACGCUGGACUUGGGUACUAUUUUGCUAAAAUCUAAUCAUGCUUGUCCUUCCACAGACCAAAUUCGAAUUGAUAUCAAUGUAUUAAGACAGCAGACUGCUUCCAAAGGGUAGAAUGUGUUUUUUCCCAGGUAACUGGUUUCAGAAUGGCAUUAUCUCAUGCCACUUAUAUCAGCGAGGGCAGGGGAGCAUGCACUGUCUUUCCCCAGCAGAAGAAUGAAGCAUAUAUAGCAAGAUGAACUGGAAGUAAACCUGUAUGUAGACAUUUCGUAGAUUUCAUAGACAUUAGGGCUGGAAGGGACCUUGGAAGAUCAUCGAGUCCAGCCCCCUGCCCCAGGGGCAGGAAGUCUGAUGGGGUCCUAGGAUCCCAGCAAGAUAAGCAUCCAAAUUUCUCCUAAAGGCAUUCAAUGUGGGUAUUUGAACCACCUCUGAUGGCAGGCUAUUCCAGACCUUGGGGGCUCGGGCAGUAAAGAAAUUCUUCCUUAUGUCCAGCCUGAAAUGGUCUUGCUGGAGUUUAUAACUGUUCAACUUGUCAUCCCUUGGGGUGCUCUGGUGAACAAUCGUUCCCCCAGAUACUGGUGGUCACCCCUGAUAAACUUAUUGGUGGCCAUCAGAUCGCCCCUGAGCCUGCGCUUUUCCAGGCUAAAGAGCCCCAUGGCUCUCAGCCUCUCAUCGUAAGGCCUGUUUUCCUGACCUCUGAUUGUGCGCGUGGCUCUUCUCUGGACUCUCUCAAGCUUCUCCGCAUCCUUUUUGAAUUGGGAAGCCCAAAACUGGAUGCAGUACUCCAGCUGUGGCCUCACUAAGGCCAGGUACAAUGGGAGAAUGACAUCCCAGGAUUUACUUGAGAAGUAUCUAUGGAUGCAAGCUAGUGUUUUGCUCGCUUUACUAGCUGCAGCAUCACAUUGAAGCCUCAUGUUCAUCUUGUGGUUAAUCAUGACCCCCAAGUCCUUUUCAUCCAUAGCAUAGCACUGCCGAGCCUAUAAGCUGCAGGUUUUUCCUCCCAAGGUGGAGAACCUUGCAUUUUUCAGUGUUAAACACCAUCAGGUUCUCAUCUGCCCAUUUCUAGAGCCUGUCAAGGUCAGCCUGGAUCGCCCUCCUGUCCUCAGGUGUGGAUGCUUUACCCCCAGAGUUUGGUAUCAUUGGCAGACUUGACCAGUCUGCUUCUGACUCCAAUGUCCACAUCAUUAAUGAAGAUGUUGAACAAUACAGGUCCAAGGACAGAGCCUCGGGGGACCCCACUGGUCACAGGGCAACACAAUGAUUGACUUCCAUCAACCACCACCCCCUAGGUCCAACCACGGAGCCAAUUCCCCAGCCAGCGGAUCGUGGUGGACCCGAGGCCGCAGUUGGCCAGCUUUGCCAAGAGAUGGUCAUGGGAUACCAGAUCGAAGGCUUUUUUGAAGUCAAGAUAUAUGACAUCAAUCUCCUUUCCCUUGUCCAAGUAAUAGGUCAUCUGGUCAUAGAAGGAAAUGAGAUUGGUCAAGCAAGAUCUACCAGCAACAAACCCAUGCUGGGUAUCCCUCAGGAUAUUGCCGUCAGCUAGUCUGUUAAGGAUGGCCUCCUUGAUAAUCUUUUCCAAGACCUUCCCCAGGAUAGAGGUCAGGCUGAUAGGCCUGUAGUUUGCCGGAUCCGCUUUCCUCCCUUUCUUGAAGAUAGGCACCACAUUGGCCUUCUUCCAAUCUUCAGGCACUUCACCAGAGCACCAGGAGUGCAACAAGAUCAUAUAAAAAAAAAUUAUUGUAAGCAUAUUCACCAGUUAAGCAGAUUUUAUUGAGCCUUGUUCCUUUUUAAAAUCCUUUUCACAAUUUAAAAAACUAAGAUACUGCUUACCACGCAUGCUACCAGUUCCCAGUGCCACGGACUAUGCAGCAGGUAAAACUAUUGCUUUACAUUGUUUUUUCCAUUUUUAUUUUAUAUAGUCAACAGAAAUCUGUCAUGUAAUGUGAAAUACAAGGUAUUAUGUUGAACUUGCCCAAUGCCAAUUUUAAUUGUUCAAUAGCUUUGCAUCAACAGAAUUUGUAACUUCUGUAAGUGUAAGUAUCUUUGGGUAGGACAUCUCUGAGGCACUAAAAUACUUUAAUUCACUGUUUUCUCAAUCCUGCACCUUGUCCCCUCAAAUAUCCUUGUUAGGAAGUGUUUUGAGUAGAGGAUGUCAGGCUAGAAUGCCAUCACCAGCUUGUUCUUACUAUACUGAAAUUAUUGCAGUACUCAACACGUCCUAACUAGUAAUGCAAGAGAAGUUAUUUCACAAUGGGAUUGUUGUUUAAUACAUAUAAAUAAUUGCAAAACACAAUAGCAGCAUCAUACCAGCACUUUUUAUUGUUAUUUGAAACAGUAACUUUGUAUUGCACAGCCACAGUAUUGGAAUAUCUUCACUUGGCUCUGGAACCAUUCUGUGUGUUUUAACUUUUUUAACCACAAAGGAGGUAAGGAGAGAACUUUGAACAUAUAAUAAUAAUGGCAGGAAUGCUGCCAUUCUGUUUGAGGAUGGGAUAAUAAAUACCCUCUGGCAUUGCCCCUGCCUAGACAUUUACCCUCUUGCUGUGUUUGUGCUUUUGGACUUUCUGAGUCUGAGCAGAGUGGGUCCUAGUCCCUGGCUCCACUUCUGAAUCUCUAGAUUCCCUCUUCGGGUGCAAAUUCCACAUUCCCUCUUCUGAGAGCUGAGGCCCUCUCUCCUAUAGCCUACCCCCAAUACCAAACACCUCCUCCCCCAUGCCUGAGCUUAUCUUAAGAACCCCUUUAUGAGACCUCCAGCUUUGUGAGCAUCUUGAUUAAACAUUUCACUACCCAAUGACGCAAGACAUGUAAGUAGCACAUCAGAAGUCUUGCAAGGCUCGAACUCUUUACUUUAGAAAGCACAAGAAAUGUACAGAUCCUGACAAAACAAGAAGAUGCCUACACACACUUUCCUGCCUUACAUUCCUUGCCAUGCUCGCCCAUUUUUGUCCUUAGGUCAGAGUUUUCUAAAGGAUCCAAGACUCUUCCUCGCCUCUUUUUUUUUCCUGAACAUGGUUUCUCCCCCAGAAGAGUUGAUGUUCCAUGGGAUCUUCUCAUUCCUGCAGCCGGCUUUCUGCUUUUAGUCUCAUCAGUUCUCCAUCUUUACCUCAGAUAGUCCAUUACAGUUCUUUUUUAGAGCCUCUAGCCUUCUUCCUCAAGUGCUCCUGUAAUCAGCCUUGUUAGGUAUGACACAAGGGGGUGCCCUCAUACCUUCAAGGGUAUCCUUCAGCUCCACACCUCUCUCUACAGUUCACUGCUUGACCACUAAGAACAAGCUAAGUUUUGCCAAAGAGCCAACCCUAACUCUAACCAUUGGUCCAGGGCACCUCAGCUCUACCUGUUUCACCUAGGCCUUGCCACAUAGCAAUUAAAGAAUCAUGCCCCUUGUCCAGUUUGUACAACAAAUUAUAGGUCUUCUCUAGUGUAGGAGAGAUUAGUCUGUAUUGACAGCUGCUCUGAAAUCAUACCACAGACAAAUCAAUAAAUUGUAAGAAAUAGCAAAACAGUUAAUUACAAAAGCCACUGAAAUCAUAAAAUGGCAACUGUACAUGGAAGACAGAUAGAGACAUUAAACAAAACAAAACCCCGCCGAGAACUACAUCUUGUUCUGUACCUGUUUCUUGGAAUGCAUCUGUAGGCUCUGACCCAUCAGAGAUUUUUGGCAAGCAACUUGUCAGCUUGCACUGCUAUCCUGUUUCUUUGCAUACCCUUCUCCUCUUUUACUUACUCUUUCUAGCUGUGAGAAAUACCAGUCUUUGAUUCGAUUGGGGUGGGCAGCCUGCUUCAUGUUCAUCAGAAGUGACAUGGGCAGCCUUUGUGUGUGACACACAGCAGAGCAGGGAGGGGACAGGCAGUACAGUUGCAGAUAAAGUAGGAGGCAGAAAGUAGAGCAGCUUAUAGUUUUUAACCCUGAAUUUCCUGGUUUUCAGCAGUUUUAAUGAUUAGUGUGUUUUUGAAGUCCUAUAAGCACUGCCAGUGUUGUGUCCUAAGAAGCAGAGGGUAUUUGUUUCUCCUCCCAAAUGGAGAGAGAGCAAGCAGCAGGGUCAAUAUUGCCUUAAAGCAGCGAUUCUCAAACUCUGACAGAUUGUGUACCACCAAUUUAAAACGAUACAACCUUAAGUACCACCAGCAAAUUUUUGCCAUAUAAAGUAAUUAUAAUAAAUCUGUUAGCGUGUACCAGUGACAGGUUGCCUAUGUACCACUGGUGGUGUGUAUACCACAGAUUGGGAACCACUGCCUUAAAGUAUGCUUCAGUUUUCUCCAAAUGAGAACCUAUUUAUUUCUCCAUAUGAGAACCUAUUUAUUUCUCAAAAAGAGAACACAGUUAAUUAUUUAAUAAAUCAGUUGUAUUGAGCGUUAUAAAGUAUUAACUCCAAGCAUGCAUAUAGAUAUAAUCUUAGCAAGCAAGUAAUUGCAUAUUACCAGUCCUGAUAAUACACAGCUGACCAGGCAUCUCGGGGAAAGUUGGUUCCUUGAAGGAAGAUCAGAUGUCUUCAGUACUUGGGCAUCGUUAGGGUAAGGGGGGGGGGGGGG